CCGGCAACAAUUGCCGCCGAACUGUCAAUAGAGAAAAACAUGUCGCUGUCGAUGUGAUUUACAUGAUAUCUUGUUUUCUUUUCAUCGUUUCGAUCCAUUAAAAUGGCUCGUGUGUCUUAUGUGUCACGGACUUGUGGGAUAUUACUUUUAUUUAUUUUACAAGUGCACGCUACAAAGAAUUUAACGGUGGAACCGUGGAUAGUGUCUUUUAAAGUAGAAGCGAAAUCGUGCGUAAAUUUUCGAUGUAAAUAUUUAUUAUUGGUGAACGGUAGUGAAUUUUUGGGACAUAAUUCCUUAAGAUUAACGUCCAGUGAAGGCGCUAGGGGUAACAAUUGUGAUACGAUAUACCCGAAUUACGAAUUAAGAGAAAUUGAAACAUUGCAGUGGCUUACGAGACUUGAAAUAUACGUACCGAAAGUGAAUGAUAAAUUAUAUUUUUGUUUGCGGCAUACGGAACAAGAGAAUACACCAGUUGGAGGAAAGUGGAUUCAUCAAGGAGGAGAUUUAUAUUUGCAUCCUGAUAUCGACGACAGUUCAUCUUUAAACAAAGCUAACAGAUUAGAAAAACUUGAUGAAAACGAUAAUGAUAUUUCACAGGAAACGAGCACAAAAUGGACGGAUCUGUCUCACGAUACAAUAGUCAAUUAUCUAAAAAGCGUAAAGAGGCCAACCAGAGAAGAAGCAAACGAUAUAGAAGUAUACAUACGUAAUAAAUAUUAUCCAUUGAACAGCAUUCCUGAUGCGGAAAACCCUAUAAAUGAUAUGAAAUACAACAAACUCAGCAAUGAAAUUUUAAAGAACGUCGAUCGACAAGACGUUAGAAUGCUAAACGAUAGAAGGAAACGGGAAAUAAUCAAGGAUAUGCGUUUCAAUGAUAAAGACAGAGACGCAAGUAUUCCCAGAGAUCUGACUUCGAACGACGGUAUCGUCGCGAAUCGUCAAAUUCGUGAUUUUUCCGUCGUAAGAAGCACGGAUCCGAUAAAUAUCGAUGGUCUUAGAAUUGAAGAUUCGGAUAAGGAGCCGAAAAUUGUCGAAGACGGUAUACCUAGCGUGUUAGGAGAGUCUAAAGUUGUACUCAGGCUUUUCGGUCAAGGUUUGACUGAAAAAACGGUGAUUGCAUUUACACUCGACCCUCUGCCGUUCGGACAACCUUGUAAAUUCCUUCUGAAAGGCGAAUACUUGGCGGUGGAGGGAUCAGUGACUCAAAGGUCAGCGUUAUUCGACGUAACCACGCCAUCCGCACUAAUCGCCCCGAAGUUAUACAUUUGCACGAAGAAUCUGAAGCCCGGCAUCACCGAUCCCGGUGACGACGAGGAGAAAUUUUCACACCAAGGAACGGAACAUUGGAAGGUCAUCGCGAUCCACAGCAAGUUGCUGCCGUUAUGGGUCUCGUUGACCCUCAUUAUGAUAUGUCUGAUGUUCUCUGCGCUUUUCUCUGGCUUAAACUUGGGUUUGAUGUCGUUAGACCGGACGGAAUUGAAGAUCAUAUCGAAUACAGGAACGGAACAGGAGAGGAAAUACGCGAGAGCGAUAAUGCCGGUCCGUGAUCACGGAAACUACUUGCUGUGCAGCAUUCUAUUGGGGAAUGUCGCCGUUAAUUCGACGUUCACGAUACUGUUGGACGAAUUGACGUCCGGUCUAUUCGCUGUUAUAUUUUCGACUUUGUCGAUCGUAUUGCUCGGCGAGAUAACGCCACAGGCGAUAUGCUCGAGGCACGGACUCAUGGUUGGGGCGAAAAGUAUCAUGAUAACUAAAGCAGUUAUGGCCCUGACGGCGCCUCUAGCGUUCCCUGUGAGCAAACUCCUCGACUACUUCCUCGGCGAGGAAAUCGGUAAUGUCUAUAAUAGAGAACGUCUAAAGGAGCUGGUUAAGGUAACAACAGGCGUGAACGACUUGGACAAGGACGAAGUGAACAUCAUAUCCGGUGCCCUGGAACUCCGCAAGAAGACGGUCUCCGACGUGAUGACGAAGCUGGAAGACGUUUUCAUGUUGCCAAUCACGUCGGUGCUUGACUUCGAGACUAUGUCGGAGAUUAUCAAGUCUGGCUACUCCCGCAUCCCGGUAUACGAGGCUACCCGCGAAAACAUAGUGACGGUGCUGUUCAUCAAGGACCUGGCCUUCGUCGACCCCGACGACAACACGCCGCUGAAGACGCUCUGCCAGUACUACCAGAACCCUUGCAACUUCGUCUUCGAGGACGUCACCCUGGAUGUGAUGUUCAAGCAGUUUAAGGAAGGUCACAAGGGUCACAUGGCCUUCGUCCACCGGAUCAACAACGAGGGCGAGGGCGACCCCUUCUACGAGACCAUUGGCUUGGUCACAUUAGAAGACGUCAUCGAGGAGAUGAUACAAGCAGAGAUUGUCGAUGAGACCGAUGUGUUCAUGGACAAUCGGACGAAACGUCGUCGCAAGAGACCCAUGCACAAGCUGCAGGACUUCGCGGCGUUCGCGGAGCGGCACGAGCACCAGCGCAUUCAUAUAUCUCCGCAGCUCACUCUGGCCACAUUCCAGUUCCUCAGCACGAGCAUUGAGUACUUCAAGCCCGACUCCGUGUCGGAGACGGUGCUGCGUCGCCUGCUGAGGCAGGACGUCAUCCAGCACAUCAAGAUGAAAGGGAAGACCAAGAAGGAGCUCAGCACAUACGUCUAUCAGCAGGGAAAACCGGCGGACUACUUCGCGCUGAUCCUAGAGGGUCGUGUGGAAGUGACGGUCGGAAAGGAGAACCUGGUGUUCGAGGCGGGACCCUUCACUUACUUCGGAGUGCAGGCGCUGGCGCAGAACCUCGGGAUCGCGGAGUCCCCGACGCCGUCGGCGAUGGGCUCGCUGCAGAACAUCAGCAUGGAGGCGAUGCUGCGCCACACCUUCGUGCCCGACUACUCCGUGCGCGCCGUCGCCGACGUGUUCUACCUCGCCGUCAGGAGGUCCCUCUACUUAGCAGCUAAGAGGGCGACCCUCAUGGAAAAGGGGGCGUUGUCGAAAGGCGCUACAAACGAGCAGUUCGAUACUGAAGUCGAUAAGCUAUUGGAGUCAGUGGACGAAGAUAUAAGUAUCAGUGGAGAGCACAAGACUCCGUCGAGACAGGUGUCCCCCAACCCGCCCGCGUCGGCGUCGCCCGUGACGCGCGCGUCGUUCGCGUCCCGCGCGUCCCCCGAGCGGAACGGGGACGCGUUCGCGCGCGCCGACGAGCAGGAGAAGCUGUUGAAGCACUAGCGCCUCCACUAGCUGGCGAGGCACGCGGCCCACGCGUGGGACUCGUAGGCAAACCUCAAACGUACACUUUCUAGUGGUCGGGUUUUGAGCGAGCCGUCAAGGAACCGCUUUGUAUUGGUGAGUGAACCAGGCGUCUGCCACGAGCGGUUUAUCUUGGAUCUCAAGGUCGGAAGCAUCCCCCACUCGUGUAUUUUUAACAUGGCUAAUGUCUAUGCGUGUUGUUCAAACAGUCAAAAUAUGAUCUAUUAAGUAGACUCUUCUGAUACGAGAUGUAUAAUAUAUUUUUUACGUAAAGUUUACUGUACAUGAUCCGCAUUUGUUGGCAAAUGGAAAAAGUACCAAUAACGCCCCCGCCCCCUCCUAAGAUUGCUAACUUUUCCCUUAAAUCCCUAUUUAUUUUUAUAUAAUUAAAAUAUAUCCUUUGCCCCAAAUGCGUCACCGUCACCAUCAGGUUACACCACCAACCAUAGACAUUCCUUACGCCACCAACCUUGGAAACUAAGAUGUCUCCCUCGUGCCUGUUGCACUGGCUCACUCACCCUUCGAACCGAAACAAGAAUACUAUAUCACAUCACUGUUUGGCGAUAGAAUGUCUGAUGAGUACCUACCCAGAAGGGCUCGCACAAAGCCCCAUCACCAAGUGAUAUGGUUCCUCCCUAUAUACCAAAAUCUAUGUACCUCAGUAUUUACUAUACGGUCUCAUUCCUAAUCAUACAAAUUUUAAUUGUACUUAAAUUCUCAUCUUCUACGAACAGUGUUAUUUAAAUUAGUUUAAAAAAAAAACAAAACAAAAGGAAA